AUGGCGCGGCAGGGCACGGGGGCCCUGCUGGCCUCCGGCACUUUGGGGUUCCCCCCCCAAAACCUGGCCCGCGUGGUGGUCUGGGAGUGGCUGAACGAGCACGGGCGCUGGCGGCCCUACUCGGCCGCCGUCUGCCACCACAUCGAGAACGUGCUGAAGGAGGACGCCCGCGGCAGCGUGGUGCUGGGCCAGGUCGACGUCCAGCUGGCGCCCUACGUCAUCGACCUGCAGUCCAUGCACCAGUUCCGGCAGGACACGGGCACCAUGCGCCCCGUGCGCAGGAACUUCUACGACCCGUCCUCGGCGCCAGGGAAGGGCAUCGUGUGGGAGUGGGAGAACGACAACAGCUCGUGGACGCCCUACGACAUGGACAUCUGCAUCACCAUCCAGAACGCCUACGAGAAGCAGCACCCGUGGCUGGACCUCUCCUCCCUGGGCUUCUGCUACCUCAUCUACUUCAGCAGCAUGUCGCAGAUGAACCGGCAGACGCAGCGCAAGCGCCGCCUGCGGCGCCGCAUGGACCUGGCCUACCCGCUCACCAUGGGCUCCAUCCCCAAAUCCCAGUCGUGGCCGGUGGGCGCCAGCACGGGGCAGCCCUGCUCGUGCCAGCAGUGCCUGCUGGUCAACAGCACCCGCGCCGCCUCCAACGCCAUCCUGGCCUCGCAGCGCCGCAAGCUCUACCCUGGCGGCGCGGGGACGCUGCCCGUGCGGCAGAGCAGCACCUUCGCCGGUGCCACGCUGUGGCCGGCAGGGACGGGGACGGUGGCGGGUGGCGUGGCCAAGGGGGAGACGCCGAGGGUGCCCACCGGGGCUUUUGGGCGCAGCCAGAGCGCGCCCAGCGGUGCGCAGCUGCCCGGCCUCAACAACCUCAACCGGCCCGGCACGCAGCGGGGGGCCGGCAUCAGCACCCGCGCCACGGUGCCCCCGGGGGUGCCAGCCCUCCCGGUCAAGAACCUGAACGGCACCGGCCCCGUCCAUCCCGCCCUGGCAGGGAUGACGGGCAUCCUGAUGUGUGCCGCCGGGCUGCCCGUCUGCCUGACCCGCGCGCCCAAGCCCGUCCUGCACCCGCCGCCCGUCAGCAAGAGUGACAUCAAGCCCGUGCCCGGGGUCAGCGGCAUCUGCAGGAAAACCAAGAAGAAGCACCUCAAAAAGAGCAAGAACCCGGAGGACGUGGUGCGGCGCUACAUCCAGAAGGUGAAGACCCCCCCGGACGAGGACUGCACCAUCUGCAUGGAGCGGCUCGUCACCUCCUCGGGCUACGAGGGCGUCCUGAGCCACCGCGGCAUCAAGCCGGAGCUGGUGGGCAAGCUGGGCAAGUGCGGGCACAUGUACCACCUGCUCUGCCUCGUGGCCAUGUACAACAACGGCAACAAGGACGGCAGCUUGCAGUGCCCCACCUGCAAGGCCAUCUACGGGGAGAAGACGGGCACGCAGCCCCCCGGGAAGAUGGAGUUUCACCUCAUCCCCCAUUCCCUCCCGGGUUACACCGACUCCAAAACCAUCCGGAUCGUCUACGACAUCCCCACCGGCAUCCAGGGUCCGGAGCACCCCAACCCCGGCAAGAAGUUCACGGCGCGUGGCUUCCCGCGGCACUGCUACCUGCCCGACAACGAGAAGGGCAGGAAGGUGCUGAAGCUGCUGAUCGUGGCCUGGGACCGGCGGCUCAUCUUCACCAUCGGCACCUCCAACACCACGGGCGAGUCGGACACGGUGGUGUGGAACGAGAUCCACCACAAGACCGAGUUCGGCUCCAACCUGACGGGUCACGGCUACCCCGACCCCAACUACCUGGACAACGUCCUGGCCGAGCUGCUGGCCCAGGGCGUCUCCGAGGCCACCCUAAAGGACUGA